CAGACAGGGCCUUUUGACAAGUCAAACGCGAUGACUCCAGCACUCACAUUUUGGGGGCCUAAUAUUGUAGAUGCGGGACGUGCCCAGUGGCGGAAAUACAGGCGCGUCAUGGCUCCAGCAUUCAGCAACGAAACUUACGACCUGGUGUGGUCAGAGUCUCUCCGGACGUACUACGAUAUGAUAGCUGCGGAAGGCUGGGACGAGAAACGAGUGGUCGAAGCCCCGUCUUUCCAAGAUAUCGCGUCUAAAUACGCGCUGCUCAUCAUCACCUCGUGUGGUUUUGGUCUUCCAUUCACAUGGGAGUCGCCUCCGAGCGGAUCAGGGUCGAUGACGAUACAAGACGCUGUCUACACGAUCACGCAAACGCUUACAUUCUCCAUCGUUGCGCCAACCUGGCUAUGGUCGCUCCCCAUACCGUGGAUUCAGCGCACGCGCAAGGCGUACGAUACGAUGCGGACGUUCAUGCGGAACCAUAUACAGUCUCGCAAGGCGGACAUCCGCACGAGGAAGGCGGAAAAUGAUGAUUGGAGGAAGGACGUUUUUAAUCUGCUAGUGCAGGAAAGUGAAUCGGAUGGGAAAGCGACUUUGAGUGACUAUGAGUUGAUUGGAAAUGUGUUUGUGCUUUUGAUCGCAGGCCACCAAACAACUGCCCACUCCCUUGCUGCCACACUCGCGUUACUAGCGCUCGACCAGACAGUUCAAAAUGAAAUCGUAGCACACAUUCAGGACAUCGUCGGAGAAAGAGAGCCGACGUUCAAAGACUACUCAAAACUGGAUAAAGUGCUCGCUGCAUUUCACGAGGGUGUACGCAUGUUCCCUGGCGGCGCCGUGCUCAUCCGAGAAGCCAAACAAGACACCACGCUUGUCUAUCCCAGGCUAAGCUCGGCUGGAAUUGAGGAAAACGUAGUAUUACCCGUCGCGAAGGGCGUGCAAAUCCUGAUAGACAUGGUUGGCGUUCAAUACAACCCUCGCUAUAUUUCAGAGCCAGAGGUGUAUCGCCCCUCACGAUGGUAUUCAAAGAAUACAUCUGAAUCAUCGUCAUCUGUGGAACACGGUGACAACGCCACCAAGGGACCAUCUAGUAUGCAGGAUUCAGAGCCAUUUACGGCGUUCAGUGUUGGCCCGCGCGCUUGUAUCGGACGCAAGUUCGCCACGACAGAAGCCGUAUGCUUCCUCACGCUACUGCUUCGUGACUGGAAAGUAGAGCCGUUGUUACGGACGGGAGAGACGACCGAGGAAUGGCGCCAACGCGCGAUGCAGGCCACGUUGACACUGGCGCUGGGGAUCAAGGACGUGCCGUUGAAGUUUGUCAAGAGGUAAUGCGGUUGCUUGUUGCAGCGGUGUGCAAAGAGGAGGGUGAGCAAAAACGUCGCUCGGCACUGCACGGGGAAACGACAUACCUAUAUCGUUUGUUUGUUGGGGUGUGUGCUCGAAUACGAUCGAUGACUGUUUACGAAUGCUA